AUGCAUAGUGGGACUUGCCUACGUACUUGGAAUGCGCUAAAUCCCUCUCCUUCCUCUCAUAUCCCCCUCUGCUUCCCCCCAUUUCGGCCCUUGCUGAUCCCUUACACCUCCCUAUGCUUCCUCUCGUUUCCUCCCUAUCCCUCCCUAUGCCUCCCUAUGCAUCUCCCAUCCUACCCAUCUCCUUCCCCUCCCGUCUCUCCCCACUUCCGCCCCCAUCUCACCUCCAUUCCUUCCCAUCUCAUCUCCCAUCACUCCAUGCCUCCUCAUCUCUCUUUCCAGCCACCAUCGCCCAUUCAUGCCUCCCAUCUCCCAUGGGACCUUAUGGCACACUCAGCGUCAUCCAAGAUGGCGCUGGCUCCUGUCCCGAUCAGCAUAGGGGAUGCGGUGUGGGCUGAGCUGGAUGAGCCCCACGGUCCAUGGCCGUGUGAAGUGACCUCCUUGGAUGAUAGUGGAAGUGAAGGACGUGUGGGUGUGCGAUUGUGCGGGAUGAAUAAUACGGUGACGGAUUCGGUCAGUCACAGUAGAAUUCAUACCUGGGCUUCAGGUUCCUUUUAUUUCUUCGCGGAAAGCCAAACUCACCAGCUUGAGGAGAUUUAUGCUGCACAGGCGGAAGGCCAAGCCAUCUUCAAGCGACUUCAGGGACAGGUGAGCCAUUCAAGUGGUCAUGGGGCAGCCCACCGUCUGAGGUGGGCGCCCCGACUAGUGGGAGUGGGGAAAGGGGGUGGGAGAGUGGAGACGGCGGGUGGGAGAGUGGGGGGUGGAAGAGGUGGGGACUGGAGAAGGGGGAAUGGGAGAAGGGAUGUGGGAGAGGGGGGUUGGGAGAAGGCGGGGUGA